AUGGCGUCAUUGAUGAAGCCAUUCAGAGCAGAAGAUUCUGGUUUCAAAUCGAACAAUCUCUGGGUCGGUAGUCUUACGGUGGAUACGACGGAGUCAGAUCUGACCGAACUGUUCGGAAGAUACGGCGAUGUUGAUAGAAUCACGGCUUAUUCGACACGUAGCUUUGCGUUUAUCUACUACAGACGCGUUGAGGAAGCGGUCGCGGCGAAGGAAGCGCUUCAAGGAGCGAAUUUGAAUGGAAGUCAGAUUAAGAUCGAAUACGCUCGACCGGCAAAACCUUGUAAGAGUCUUUGGGUGGGUGGAAUCAACCCGAGUGUCUCAAAGGAUGACCUGGAGGCAGAGUUCAGCAAGUUUGGGAAAAUCGAAGAUUUUAGGUUUCUUAGAGAACGCAAGACAGCUUUCAUUGAUUAUUAUGAGAUGGAUGAUGCUUUACAGGCAAAGAGCAUGAAUGGAAAGCGAAUGGGUGGUAGCUAUUUGCGCGUUGAUUUUCUUCGGUCACAAGCUCCGAGAAAAGAACAAUGGGCUGGCUCUUACGAUAGCAGGAAUGCCAAUGCGAAUAAUAAACCACAGUAUCCUCACGCAUAUGAAGAUGGUAAAGGAGAUGGCCAGCCAAGUAAGGUUCUGAUAAUUGGGUACCCUCCUUCUAUUCAGAUGGAUGAGCAAAUGCUACACAAUGCAAUGAUACUCUAUGGUGAAAUCGAGAGGAUAAAGGGUUACCCAUCAAGGCAUUUUGCACUUGUGGAGUUUAGGAGCGUAGAGGAAGCUCGCCGUGUCAAGGAAGGGCUACAUGGGAGGUUAUUCCAGGAUCCAAGAAUCACAAUUAUGUACUCAAACGAUGAGCUGCCUCCUAAGCAAGACGAUACUAGAUUUUAUUCUGAAUACAACGAUGUUGUGAGUAAGGAGCCAAACUGGAGGCCGUCUCCAGGUGGAACUGGAAUACUCCCAUCUCCAACUGGACCUGGAAUCCUCCCAUCUCCUGCACAAGGUAUGAGGCACCCCACAAGGUCAAACCCCGGUUCUUGGGAAGGAUAUGAUCCUGCUCAGUUGGACAGGGAAAGCAAACGAACCAGAAGAGAUGGAUCGGUGGACGGUUUUACUCCAAUGGGUGUAGAUGAGAGAUCAUUUGGGCGUGGUUCAGUUGCUGCUCGGCCUAACCGUGGUUACCCUGAUUCUGAUUGCAUAUGGAGAGGAAUGAUUGCCAAGGGUGGAACUCCCGUCUGUUCUGCUCGUUGUCUACCUAUUGGAAAGGGGAUUGAAACUAAACUGCCUGAAGUCGUCAAUUGUUCAGCAAGAACUGGUUUGGAUAUGCUCGCCAAACAUUACACCGAAGCCAUUGGAUUUGAGACUGUUUUCUUCUUACCAGACAGUGAAGAAGAUUUUGCUUCCUACACUGAAUUUCUCCGAUACCUUGGCUCAAAAAAUCGAGCGGGUGUUGCCAAAUUAGAUGAUGGAACAACUUUAUUCUUGGUGCCUCCAUCAGAUUUCUUAACUGAUGUACUUAAAGUGUCCGGUCCAGAACGGCUAUAUGGUGUCGUUCUCAAGUUGCCCCCGCCACCUGUUCCUGUUACAGCAUCAUACAGACAAGAAUCGCAGCCCAAUCCUCUUCCUUAUAUGGAUCAGACCCGGGAUUCACCUCACAGUUUUUAUCCUCCUAGGGAAAAUUACAAUAGGGGUGCACCAGAACAGUUGGCAGCUCCUUCAAAACAAUCGGUUAGCGAGCCUCUCAGAAUACCUAACAAUGCAGCAGCUCAAGCUGGGGUUAGUUUAACUCCGGAGCUUUUAGCCACUCUGGCAUCUAUUCUCCCUACAACUUCUCAACCUACUGCCCCUGAGAGUCACCAACCUAUGUCAGGCACUUCAACAGUUGUCUCCACAGUAACUCAAUCGAAUGGGGUGUACAAUGGAGAAGCACCGUCUCAAGCUUGGAGAAGAGAUCCGCAAACAGUCCAUGAUUCCUCAAAUCAGUCGUUCCAACAAUAUGGAAAUCAGUACACUCCAGCCGGACAACUACCUCCUCCUCCUCCGCGUUACCCUCCAGCUUCAAACAACCCCAACUACUCUAGCGGAAUGGUCCAUGGCGACAUGCAAUACCAAGGCCAAUCUGUUAACAUGCCUCAGCUGUCUCCGUUACCAAAUAUGCCUCAGAAUAGUUAUGCCGCGUACUCUCAGGGUUCUUCACAUCAUCCUGUUUCUCAGCCCAUGACACAGCAAUACCAACCAGAAGCUUUCGUGCCAAACCAAAAUUAUGGUCCAACCCCAGGUUAUCAGCAAGCUAAUUAUCAUGGUGUAACAACGAAUCAGGCGCAUAAUUUAAAUCCUUCCCAGUUUCAAGCUGCCAUGCCACAACCAGCUGACAAGGCACAUUUCGAGCCGCCAAGCCAAACACCGCAGCUCCAGCCUGCUCUCACUGGUCAGGGUACAACAGAUGGGGAAGUCGAUAAGGACCAGAGGUACCAGUCGACACUACAGUUUGCGGCUAAUCUUCUUCUCCAGAUACAGCAGAAACAGCAGCAGCAACAAGGUACUCCGGCUGGACAGGGGCCUUGA